UAAAACACAAAGGACGUUUUGACAUAAAAAAGCCAUCAGCUACAAUUGAUGACAUUUUUAUGUCGAAACGUCGUAUGUGUUUUAUUGUAAAAAACUUUUCUUUAAUGAAAGGACCUGAUAGCCAAAAGGGUUAUUAUUUAUUAAUAAAGAUGCAAGAUGCAAGAAUAUACUUCACUUUAUGACAAUAAUGAAACGAUUUUUCUUUGUGGAAGUAAUUCGAUCAAUUUGAAAAACUACAAUAUUUUUCGCCAAAAAAAUUACAAUAAUUUUUUUUUGUUUAUAGAAAAUGUUUGUUCUUUUCUCGUGCAAAACACACUUAAAAAUAUUUAAAACCCGGAGAUCGGAGGGCAUCAAAGACUUAAGUCUAGUAUAAGGUAUAAUUUACCCUCUUCCUAGUAAUGCCAUCUCAUUAUUUACAAGAAUUAAGUUGUCAUUGUUAAAAAAGUUGCUUGGACCUUUGUAUUUGUUAAUAAAUAAUAAUCCUUUUGAAUAUCAGGUUUUUUAAUUAAACAAAAAAUUUUUUUUACAAUAAAACACAUAGAACGUUUCGACAUAAAAAUGCCAUCAUCAGCUAAAAUUGAUGAAAUUUUUAUGUCAAAACGUCCUGUGUAUUUCAUUGUAAAAAUUUUUUUGGACCUGAUAGACAAAAAGUUUAUUAAUUAACUUUUCCCUUCGCUUAUCAUUUUUUUUUAUUCUUUAAUACAUUCGAGAUGCAAGAAUAUAGCUCACUUGAUUGUUUUUAAUCAAAACAAUUUUUUGGGGCUUUUGGUAAUUCGAUCUCGGCUAUGAUUAAUAAUGAGUUAAAUGCAAAAUAAGUAAAAUGAAACUAUAUUCCUUUGUGGAAAUAAUCCGAUUUUGAAAAUAAAACAUUACUUUUUGGGAAAGACAAAUAUAAUUUUUUUUUUUUUAACAAAUGUUCAAAGCUAUUUGAAUACGACCCAAAAACAGAUGCGGUAUCACUUAUCAUUUAUCAAACAAAUUUGUAUUUGAAUUUUAAAAUACUCCAAAUCAAUAACUUUUUUCGACAAUCAGUGAUUACUAGUAAAGUCACUUGUUGAAGUGAAAGAUAAGAUAACACCUCAAAAAAUAUCACAAUCACAGUAAGUGUUUCACAAUGUUAGUCAUGAAUUAUUGGAAGCCUUUCGCUUCUUCUUUACUAUUGCUGGUAGCAUAUCUGAGCUCCCAGUAUUACACAUUACCUGUAAGUGGUCUUUAUUUGCUCAUCUAUGUGAUAAUUCUUACAAUAUCGACAACUUGGCUGAGCUUCGUAACAAUACAGAAUUUUCUUCAUUGUAACAAACCACUAGAUCUACCAAAACUUUUCAAUUUUAAAGUAAAACAAUUUGAGAAUGGUUUUUUCAACCAUGAGGCCACAAUCAAGAAAUUAACUUUGGACAUUGACAAGUAUUUUAUAAAAGAGUGGUUUGUUUACAUAAGUCAGGACCCAAAUUUUUGUAACGAAAGUCGAAUUAUUCUCGAAGAAGUUCUGACUAAGAUAGUUAAUGUCCAGUUGAAUGUCGAUAAUGAAGCUGUCAUUCAUGGAGUUCUUAAUCUGUAUUUGAAACACUUGAAGGAGUUUCAUAGGAGAAGAACCAACGACUUAUACAGAUACUCACACUUGUGCAGUGGUUCAAAGAAAGCAAAGAAUUAUUUCAUCCAUCAACUCACUCUCAACUUAUUGAACCAUUUUAUCGAUUGGGAAAACUCGUUACCGUACCAAGUUCUGGUCUCUGUUAUUUCGAAACGAGUUAUGACACACUUUUUAAUAUUAUUAUCGAAUCCGGAAUUGAUUAAUUAUUAUAUUCUGAGAAGUUGUGCAUCAGAAAGUAAGAUAAACGAGCUGAACUUGAACAAUUUUAACCGAGUGAGAAUUAUCCAAAAUAUGGAAAAAAAGGAUACGAUAUCUUCUGAUCCACUCAAGUCAAGUGAAACGAAUUUGGCCAAAGCUGCUGUUAUCGAACCUCAAAUCAAAGAUAUUGUUGAAAUUAGUUGUAAUAGUACGAGUACUUGGAAAGAUUCUAUAGAUGUUCCUGAUGGUGUUAGUCUGAGAGUUUGUAAAAGUUUAACUAUUGCGUCAAUUCCUUUGGGACAAGAUAUUCCUGAUAGUAUAAGUUUGCGAGAGUCUAAACAACCUGAAUUUGAUACCAAGACUUCAUCGUGGUAUGAGGAAGAAAAUCCAGGAAAUUUAGCAGCGAUUAUAACAAAACAAAAAUUCUCCGAACCGAAUUCAGUGUCAUUUGGCGAUCUUUUAAAUAAAAUUUUGCUUGAAGACUGUGGCGAAACUGAUUCGAUUCAAGAAGAACAACAAGCUGCAACCAAAGAGCUACCUGAAAUGGAAUAUUUUGCGAUGAUUACAGCAGAACUCCGAUCACUGCUUGAGACUCAGAACUACAAUUUUGAUACAGUUUUGCUUGAAGACAAUGAUGAGACUGAUGGUGUGAGGAGUUUUUGUAAAUCCUGUGCGAAAACAGCAACUGGGGCCAUCCAUAAGACUGUUAAAACUAUCAAAAAGGUGCUUCCUUGUGAUGUUGCAAAAGGGGACAGGUAUCACGAGUUGGAGAAGUGGGUAUUUGUUGAGGAAAAUGCGACGCAUUGCGAUUUGUACCAACGUCUGACUAAACUCUUCGAAAGGAAAAGAAACACGAACUGCGAUAUUCCCGAUUCCUUGGAAUCGCUCCCACAAAACAUCAAAAUCCGUCAUUCUAACAUCCAAUUCGACGAUGAACUCGACGAUUUUGAAGUCAAAUUUCCGAUCACUAAAACAAUUUUUGACAUUUUGUGCGAACUUUUAGCCGACAACAAAGAAUCGUUUUUGGCUAAGGAGCCAGUCAUUCAAUCUAUUUUGUUACUUUUCGGAAAUUAUAUUGAAGAAACUGUUGUAACACAAGCUAAUUAUUAUGUACGUUAUUGUUGUGCUAACGCUAAAAUACCUUCAGAGGGUAAAAUUGAGACGCUUUCAAUGGAAUUGGAAGAGUUUCUUACAGUUGUUUUGAGCGGCAUUCCAAAUUUUUUUAAAUGUCUAAUAGGGGAAAAUACAGUAAAAGAUGUUAUAAAUUUGUUUGUGUCUUCAUUGCAAAUCGAGAAGAUCAAUCAUGACAUCAUGUUGCAAAUUUUUGAAAUACUUUGCAUGAAAUUAAUGGAGGGGAGUAAGUAGUGAUCGCUGUGAUUUUAGCUUAAUUGUUAGUUAUUAUGCUAUAAAUGAAUUUAUCAUUGUUCAACAAAUAAUGUAUAAAAUAA